AGUGAAUGGGGUCCAGUGCAGUUCGGUUACCAACUUUUUUCAACAUACAGUAUCUUCUGUUGUGUUCUGUUUGAAAUGACAAAUGGGUGAGUAAAUAAAGACAGCAUUUUUAUUUUUGGAUGAACUAUCAGAUAUAGUUCUUGAAAAAGAUAUAGCAUCAUAUGGCCCUUAUAUUCUGGCAUUUUUAUCUAAUUCACGAAAUUCCGGAAAUGUUCCAAUUCUUGUUCAGGCUACUUCGUGUUUCAGAAGUUCAACCCAUCUUGAUUUUGCCUCGUCAUCCGCAAGUGAAGCUUGGCUUAUGGAGGAGGGGAUGAGAGGGAGGGAGAGCGAGCGCGCGCGUGAGAGGUGGACCACAGAAGGAGGUUGCUCAACAGUCCGAUGAGAACAUCGCUCACACUGCACAUAUCUUCAUGUUUACAUUAGCCUUAUAGUCAGAGAGAUUCAUUCUUCAUUUUCAGCCAGUGUUUAAACCCGAAACGCUGCAGCGUCGUUGCACGUGAACAGCGGGAGUGUCGCAUCUCCUGCGCAGACCCGCACCGCGCGGUCACGCCACCGGACACUUGUCUGUUUCGAGCCCACUCUGGUUUACAGUCAAAACAUGCGUCGGAGCUUCAGCCACGAUAACUGAGCACGGGUGUCGAUAACCUAGCCAACGAUUUUGCACGAUACCGUUUUGUGGACGUCGUCACGCGCUGAGACGUAAUGUCAAGAAGCUCGAUAGAAAGUCAGAGCAGGGGCGGCUCCGUCCUAGACGUGAGGAUGGCAUCUUCAAACACUUCGUCCGAAGGAGGUUCUCCGCCCCACCAGAACCGGAUCCGUCAGUCGGACAGUAACACCAGCUUCCUGAGAGCAGCCCGGGCAGGUAAUGUUGGCAAGGUUCUGGAGUUCCUUAAGGGCGGACAGGAUAUUUCCACCUGCAACCAGAAUGGACUCAAUGCUCUACAUCUAGCAGCCAAAGAAGGCCAUGUGGAGCUAGUAGAGGAACUUCUGGACAGGGGUGCGGUCGUGGAUUCUUCAACCAAGAAAGGAAACACUGCAUUGCACAUCGCCUGUCUGGCUGGGCAAAAGGAAGUUGCAAAAUUGUUGGUGAAAAGAACAGCAGACUUAAAUGCCCAAUCCCAGGUGAGAAAAAUACUGUUCUAUAACUUAGAUAUUUCAGUCUAUGGCCUUAAACCAAAUGCUGUAUGUUUGUUACUACAGAAUGGCUUCACACCACUUUACAUGGCCGCUCAAGAGAAUCACCUGGACGUUGUGCGAUACCUUCUGGAGAAUGGUGGCAACCAGAGCACGGCUACAGAGGAUGGGUUCACUCCUCUGGCCAUUGCUCUGCAGCAGGGUCAUAAUCAGGUGGUCUCUCUUCUCCUGGAACAUGACACCAAAGGUAAAGUUCGCCUCCCUGCGCUUCACAUCGCGGCCCGCAAGGACGACACCAAGUCUGCUGCUUUGCUGCUCCAGAACGACCAUAAUGCUGAUGUCCAGUCCAAGAGUGGAUUCACUCCGCUGCACAUUGCUGCUCACUACGGCAAUGUUAAUGUGGCGACUCUGCUGCUUAACAGAGGGGCUGCUGUCGACUUCACAGCCAGGAAUGGUAUAACCCCUCUUCACGUGGCCUCCAAACGGGGUAAUAUCAACAUGAUUGCCCUGCUGCUGGAUAGAGGAGCGCAGAUUGAUGCCAAAACUAGAGAUGGACUGACACCUCUGCACUGUGCAGCCAGGAGUGGACAUGACCCAGCUGUUGAGAUACUGCUGGAGAGAGGAGCUCCCAUACUGGCCAGGACCAAAAACGGCUUGUCCCCGCUGCACAUGUCAGCCCAGGGAGAUCACGUCGAGUGUGUUAAGCACCUUCUGCAACACAAAGCACCUGUUGAUGAUGUCACGCUGGAUUACCUGACCGCCCUUCAUGUCGCCGCCCACUGUGGUCACUACAGAGUCACCAAAUUACUGCUGGACAAAAAAGCAAACCCCAAUGCCAGAGCGCUGAAUGGCUUCACUCCUCUGCAUAUUGCCUGCAAAAAGAACAGAGUGAAAGUGAUGGAACUGCUGGUUAAAUAUGGAGCAUCAAUCCAAGCCAUCACUGAGUCUGGUCUGACGCCAAUUCAUGUUUCAGCAUUUAUGGGGCAUCUCAACAUUGUCCUCCUGUUGCUACAGAAUGGAGCCUCACCUGAUAUUUGCAAUAUUCGUGGAGAGACGGCGUUGCAUAUGGCUGCGAGGGCAGGACAGACGGAAGUGGUGCGAUGUUUGCUAAGGAACGGCGCUGUAGUGGAUGCCAUGGCCAGAGAGGACCAAACCCCCCUACACAUUGCGUCCCGUCUGGGUCAGACCGAAAUCGUGCAGCUGUUACUGCAACACAUGGCUCACCCUGAUGCCUCCACCACAAACGGAUACACGCCUUUGCACAUCUCUGCCCGUGAAGGGCAGCUGGACACGGCAGCCGUGCUGCUGGAGGCAGGAGCAUCUCACUCUCUUGCCACAAAGAAAGGUUUCACUCCUCUACAUGUUGCAGCUAAGUAUGGAAGCCUGGAUGUGGCAAAACUCCUCUUACAGCGCAGGGCACUUCUGGAUGAUGCUGGAAAGUACGGUCUCACACCCCUGCAUGUAGCCGCUCACUAUGAUAACCAGCAGGUGGCGAUGCUACUCUUAGACAAAGGGGCUUCAUCUCAGGCUACCGCCAAGAAUGGCUAUACACCACUCCACAUUGCGGCGAAGAAGAACCAAACACAGAUCGCCACUGCCCUGCUGCAGUAUGGAGCGGAGACCAACUCGUUGACCAAGCAGGGUGUGAGUCCUUUACAUCUGGCCUCUCAGGAGGGCCACACGGAGAUGGCAUCCCUGCUGCUGGAGAGAGGUGCACAUGUCAUUGCCGCCACUAAGAGUGGCCUCACGUCACUUCAUCUAACUGCUCAGGAGGACAGAGUCCAGGCGGCUGAAAUACUGGUCAAGCACAAUGCAAACAUAGACCAACAGACCAAACUGGGCUACACUCCUCUUAUUGUGGCUUGUCACUACGGAAAUGUCAAAAUGGUUAACUUCCUUUUGCAAAACGGUGCUAAUGUCAAUGCGAAAACAAAGAACGGUUACACACCACUUCAUCAGGCUGCUCAACAGGGAAACACGCACAUUAUCAAUGUCCUACUGCAGUAUGGAGCCAAACCUAAUGCUGUCACCAUGAAUGGAAACACUGCACUUUCUAUCGCUAAGCGUCUGGGGUACAUCUCAGUGGUGGACACUCUGAAAGUUGUCACUGAGGAAAUAAUCAAAACCACAACUACGGUGACAGAGAAACACAAACUGAACGUUCCGGAAACGAUGACCGAAGUUCUGGAUGUGUCGGAUGAGGAAGGUGAGGACACAAUGACAGGUGAUGGAGGAGAGUAUCUCCGAGCAGAAGAUCUGAGAGAACUGGGUGAUGACUCCCUGCCUGGACACUACCUGGACGGCAUGAGCUACACACACAACCUAGACCGAUCACACGAGACCCCCAGUCAUCUUGGUUAUAGAGGUGAAGGAAUGUUGAUAGAGGACAUGAUCACCAGCCACCAACUUAACAGGGUGUCUGCUUUUCGUGAGCAUGAGAAAGACUCGUAUCGACUGAGCUGGGGUGCUGAACAUCUGGAUAAUGUUGUGCUGACCGGUACUCUACUGCAGUCGGGUCGAUCAACCCCAUGCCUUGACCAUGACAACAGCAGCUUCCUGGUUAGUUUCAUGGUGGAUGCCCGUGGCGGAGCCAUGCGUGGCUGUCGUCACAACGGACUUCGCAUUAUCGUGCCACCUAGAAAUUGCUCGGCACCUACACGGGUAACUUGUCGUCUGGUAAAGAGGCACAGGUUGGCCUCCAUGCCCCCUAUGGUGGAGGGAGAGGGCCUCGCAGGAAAGCUCAUUGAAGUUGGACCUACAGGAGCCCAGUUCCUUGGUAAACUCCACCUCCCUACAGCUCCUCCUCCUCUAAAUGAGGGCGAGAGUCUUGUCAGCAGAAUUCUACAGCUGGGUCCACCCGGCACCAAAUUCCUCGGGCCUGUAAUAGUGGAGAUCCCCCACUUUGCCGCAUUGCGAGGAACAGAGAGAGAGCUGGUGAUUCUGCGGAGUGAGACGGGCGAGAGCUGGAGGGAACAUCACUGUGAGCACACAGAAGAGGAACUCAACCAGAUCCUCAAUGGAAUGGACGAGGAACUGGACACGCCAGAGGAGCUGGAGAAAAAACGGAUCUGCCGCAUCAUCACGCGAGAUUUCCCACAAUACUUUGCAGUGGUGUCCCGAAUCAAGCAGGAUAGUCAUCUGAUUGGUCCAGAGGGUGGGGUACUAAGCAGCACGCUUGUACCACAGGUCCAGGCUGUGUUCCCAGAAGGAGCGUUGACCAAACGGAUACGGGUGGGACUACAGGCCCAACCAAUCAGUGAAGAUCUGGUAAGGAAGAUCUUGGGCAACAAGGCCACAUUUAGUCCUAUUGUUACCCUGGAGCCCAGAAGGCGCAAAUUUCACAAGCCUAUCACGAUGACAAUUCCUGUCCCCAAAAGUCAAACCAGUGAUGGGACCAACAAUACACCCACUCUGCGACUGCUAUGUAGCAUUACUGGUGGGACUACUCCAGCACAAUGGGAAGACAUAACCGGAUCCACACCUCUAACAUUCAUCAACCAGUGUGUUUCAUUCACCACCAAUGUCUCAGCAAGGUUCUGGCUCAUAGACUGCCGUCAGAUCCAGGAGUCUGUCAACUUCUCCAGCCAGUUGUAUCAUGAGAUCAUCUGUGUUCCCUACAUGGCCAAGUUUGUCAUCUUUGCCAAAACAUUGGACCCCAUUGAAGCACGACUUCGCUGCUUCUGUAUGACCGAUGAUAAGAUGGACAAAACUCUGGAACAGCAGGAGAACUUUACUGAGGUGGCCCGAAGCCGAGAUGUUGAGGUAUUGGAGGGAAAGCCCAUCUUUGCUGACUGCUUUGGGAAUCUAGUCCCACUUACCAAAAGCGGACAGCACCAUGUCUUCAGUUUCUAUGCCUUUAAAGAAAACCGUCUUUCUCUCUUUAUCAAAAUCCGUGACAGCACUCAAGAAACAUGUGGCAGAUUAUCUUUUACAAAAGACCCACGGACAUAUCGUACCCUAAACCACAACGCAAUAUGCAAUCUGAACAUCUGCCUCCCUGUGUACUCAAAGGAUUCCGAUUCUGACCAAGAUGCAGAUGAAGAGAGUGAGAAGACACAUGAGAAAUACUAUGACGGAUCUGAGUCAACAGAAAUUUCCAUGCUGCACAUCAUCCAUGAUCCUGCAACACUUGCAAGUCCAGAUCUGCUUUCAGAGGUGUCUGAUAUGAAGCAGGACUUGAUUAAAAUGUCAGUCCUUUUAACAUCUGAAAAGUCAGAACAAUCAUUUUCCACAGCUGCAGGACAGCGAUCAGAGAAGGCAGGGAAUGAGGAAGUGGAUGAGCCUUUUGUGAUUGUUGAAAAAGUUAAAGAGGACUUGGAGAAGGUUGAAGAGAUCCUGCGUGAAGGACCGAUGGAAGAAACAAAGAAGGGGGGUGCUGCUGGAAAAUCCACAAUCAUUGAGGAUGAGGAGUGGGUACUUCUCAGCGACACAGAUGUUGAGGAUUACAAAAGCAAAAACAUCACAAAAGUUCAAGAGACACUCUUUCAUGAAGUUCGAAUCAAACAAGACAUUAUACACGGUUCUCCUCCUAAGAGGGAUAUGUCAGCUAUGGUUUCACAUCUCAGCAGAGACCUAGAAUAUUGCCUCCAAGAAACACCAGUGCCAGUUAGACAACCACAAGAGUUAAAUAUUGUUCAAGAAAGUUUUAAAGAGGUUAUUUUGACCCAUGGUAGUAAAAAUUAUCCAGCAAAAAUCAAAAAGCCGGCAAGAAAAAAGCGCAAAGACAGAGAGUUUGCAAGUGGCAGUUCAGAAGAUGAUUUGGAAAGGAUGAGCAGGAGUCAGUCUGAGGAAUCUUUAGAUGAAGAUGCAGUUAUUGGUGAAUCUGCACCUGUUUUUGGAUCACUUCCUGUGUCCCCUAAAAUUGUAGAAACCCCAAUUGGAUCUAUUAAAGACAGGGUUAAGGCACUGCAAAAGAAGGUUGAAGAGGAGGAGGAGGUGGAAAAGUGGAAACCCCAAAAAGUGAAUACUUCUCAAAGCAAGUUAUAUGUUGCAGAAACCGAAAAAUCAAAUAAACCUCCGAAAUCCCCUAAGUCUCCAAAAUCACAGACAGAAAGGCUAGAGGAAACCAUGUCUGUUAAGGAGCUUAUGAAAGCAUUUCAAACUGGGCAGGAUCCAUCAAAAAGCAUUUCUGGACUUUUUGAGCAUAAAGCAAUAACAACUGUAACCACUGAAACUGUAAGUUCAGUUGUAAUUCAGGCAAACGACAAUCAAAUGACAGUAACAACCCAAGAUUCGCAAGACAAAAUUCUUAAAGAAUCGCAUUGUAUGGACCCAGACACAAUUCAGCAUGAACCAACGAUCAUGAAUCGUUUAACACCAUUGAUGACCGUAGAUAGCACUUGGUCCACCCAAAAUAAAGCAAGUGAUCCAGCUGUAAAUUCAAACAUUAUUUUCAAUUUUGAAGAUGAAAGUCCUUCAGAAAACCUGUCUGAGAAGAAAACGAUAGACCAGUGUGAAGAGAGUGAGGAACAACUAAUAACCUCAAACAUAGUUGAAGAUGAAGAUCCGGGAUUGAUACCUGAGAAAUUACAUUACGAAUAUAGCAUCUGCCAAGACAGGAGAUUGUCUGUAGAACCCCAGAUUAGCCCAGACAGAAAACCAUCAGAGGACUUCAGUGCAGACAUUAAGGAAGAGCUAGAAGACAAUGCAGAAUACCAGCUCUUUAGGCAAACCACUGGUGAAGCAGAUAACCAUUAUUUAAUAUGUAGUGAUGGUAAAUCUUUAGAGGAUGGAGAUCAAAUGCACCAGGUUGCUAUGGAAUCUUAUUCAUAUAAUCUAGAAACAAUCACUGAAUUAUCCACUGCUGUGGUGCAAGGGGAGCCCUUACUUCAAAGUGAAAAACAUGAUGACGAAUUGGAUGAAAGUCCUGAUAGUGACAAACAUGAGGCUUUGGCAGACUCUCCUGGCAAUAGUAUAGGGAUCAGGACAGCACACUCCAGCACAGGGGACAGUGACAAACAUGAGGGAUUUGCUGAAACUCCUCAAGAUAGUCCUAAAAUCCAUGUUUUAUCUUCACGUACAACAAUAGUAGCAGACAUAUUUCAAGGGACUGACGAGGCAGAGAGUAUAACUCACCAAAAAAUCCGGGUGACAUCUUGCGAAAAAGCAGAGAGUGACAUGAGUGAACAAAUAUUUGCAGUAACCUCACCAGAAAGCAAGUUUGAAUCAACAUAUCUUGAUGACUCACGGAUUGAUUCACCACGCCCAUACACCAAGACUGAGUCGACAUCCCUGGAUGAUUCCAAGAUUGAUUCAUUUGUCCCAUCCACCAGAACUGAAUUGCCAUCCCCUGAUGAUUCCAAGAUUGAUUCACUUGUUACAUCCACCAGAACUGUGUUACCACCCCCGGAGGAUUCCAAGAUCGAUUCACUUGUCCCAUCUACCAGAACUGAAUUGCCAACCCCUGAUGAUUCCAAGAUCAAUUCACUUGUCCCAUCCACCAGAACUGUGUUACCAUCCCCUGAUGAUUCCAAGAUCUAUUCACUUGUCCCAUCCACCAGAACUGAGUUACCAUCCCCUGAUGAUUCCAAGAUCGAUUCACUUUUCCCAUCCACCCGUACUGAGUUACCAUCCCCUGAUGAUUCCAAGAUCGAUUCACUUGUCCCAUCCACCAGAACUGAGUUACCAUCCCCUGAUGAUUCCAAGAUCGAUUCACUUGUCCUUUCCACCAGAACUGAGUUACCAUCCCCUGAUGAUUCCAAGAUCGAUUCGCUUGUCACAUCCACCAGAACUGAGUUACCAUCCCCUGGUGAUUCCAAGAUCGAUUCGCUUGUCACAUCCACCCGAACCGAUUUACCAUCCCCUGAUGAUUCCAAGAUUGAUUUGCUUGUCCCAUCCACCAGAACCGGUUUACCAUCCUCUGAUGAUUCCAAGAUCGAUUCACUUGUCCCAUCCACCAGAACUGAGUUUCCAUCCCCUGAUGAUUCCAAAAUCGAUUCACUUGUCCCAUCCACCAGAACCGGGUUACCAUCCCCUGAUGAUUCCAAGAUCGAUUCAGUUGUCCCAUCCACCAGAACUGACUUACCAUGCCCUGAGGAUUCCAAGAUCGAUUCACUUGUCUCAUCCCCCAGAACUGACUUACCAUGCCCUGAGGAUUCCAAGAUCGAUUCACUUGUCUCAUCCCCCAGAACUGAGUUACCAUCCCCUGAUGAUUCCAAGAUCGAUUCACUUGUCCCAUCCACCAGAACUGAGUUUCCAUCCCCUGAUGAUUCCAAAAUCGAUUCACUUGUCCCAUCCACCAGAACCGGGUUACCAUCCCCUGAUGAUUCCAAGAUCGAUUCAGUUGUCCCAUCCACCAGAACUGACUUACCAUGCCCUGAGGAUUCCAAGAUCGAUUCACUUGUCUCAUCCCCCAGAACUGACUUACCAUGCCCUGAGGAUUCCAAGAUCGAUUCACUUGUCUCAUCCCCCAGAACUGAGUUACCAUCCCCUGAUGAUUCCAAGAUCGAUUCACUUGUCCCAUCCACCAGAACUGAGUUUCCAUCCCCUGAUGAUUCCAAAAUCGAUUCACUUGUCUCAUCCACCAGAACCGGGUUACCAUCCCCUGAUGAUUCCAAGAUCGAUUCACUUGUCCCAUCCACCCGUACUGACUUACCAUGCCCUGAUGAUUCCAAGAUCGAUUCACUUGUCUCAUCCACCAGAACUGAGUUACCAUCACCUGAACAUUCCAAGAUUGAUUCACUUGUCCCAUCCACCCGUACUGAGUUACCAUGCCCUGAGGAUUCCAAGAUCGAUUCACUUGUCUCAUCCACCAGAACUGUGUUACCAUCCCCUGAACAUUCCAAGAUGGAAUCACUUGUCCCAUCCACUAGAACUGAGUUACCAUCCCCUGAUGAUUCCAAGAUCGAUUCACUUGUCCCAUCUACCAGAACUGAGUUACCAUCCCCUGAGAAUUCCAAGAUCAAUUCACUUGUCCCAUCCACCAGAACCGAGUUACCAUCCCCUGAUGAUUCCAAGAUCGAUUCACUUGUCCCAUCCAACCGUACUGAGUUACCAUCCCCUGAGGAUUCCAAGAUCGUUUCACUUGUCACAUCCACCAGAACUGAGUUACCAUCCCCUGAACAUUCCAAGAUCGAAUCACUUGUCCCAUCCACCAGAACUGAGUUUCCAUCCCCUGAGGAUUCCAAAAGCGAUUCACUUGUCCCAUCCAACAGAACUGAGUUACCAUCCACUGAUCAUUCCAAGAUCGAUUCACUUGUCCCAUCCACCAGAACCGAGUUACCAUCCCCUGAGGAUUCCAAGAUCGAUUCACUUGUCCCAUCCAACAGAACUGAGUUACAAUCCCCUGAUGAUUCCAAGAUCGACUCACCUGGCCCAUUCACCAGAACUGAGUUAUCAUCCCCUGAUGAUUCCAAGAUCGACUCACCUGGCCCAUUCACCAGAACUGAGUUAUCAUCCCCUGAUGAUUCUAAGAUAAUAAUUCAAGAGACAAUUCAAGUUAUGCAAUACAGCCACGUAAAGUCUAAUGAAACAACAACACAACAUAUGGAAAGUGCUUCAGCCUGUAGGGAAAGUAAGAAGCCUAUAGAUUCUGAUACAAUCACUAAGAAGUAUGAGGAGGUACUUCAGUAUAGUCUUCACAGUGAAGAUGCACCAAACAGACCUUUUAAUUUGGAUUCACUACAGCCUAAAACCAUAAGUGGCUCUACAACUCUCUAUCAGACAGACUCACUUGAAACUAGUCCCGUCAAAGAAGAUGAGUCAUCCCAUAAAAGCCCAGACUCUAUUGAGCCAAGCCCAACCAAGGAAUCUCCAUGUCCAGAUUCUUUAGAAGGAAGUCCCACUGGGCAAGGGUAUAUUGAAAGGGUCUUCUCAACAUGUCCAAUGUCCAUUUCUGAUUCCCAAGUAAAUGCAGAAAAGGAAGUAUUUUUUAAAGAAAGUGAAUCAUUCCAAAUUUUAGAGAGCCCAGAUGUGCAGUGCCUUUCCAUGUAUCCAAAAGAAAUAAGAGACCAUGAGGAUCUUGAUGACACCAGUGCUUUACAAAGACAAUUCACUCCAGAAGAAGAGAUGUUUAAGAUGGCUGCAAAGAUCAAAACAUUUGAUGAAAUGGAAAAAGAUGCAAAAAAGAAAAAAGUAAAAUUUGAUUUUGAUUGUACUUUUAUACAACCAGAAGAGCUGUCACCGCACAAAAGUCCACUGGACUUUAACACAGUUGUAAUGAACGAAUCACAAGAGCAGCGGUUAGAGAGCCUGACUGAAUCUGACUCACAUGGCGCAGUAUUACCCUCAUUUUCUUCAUUAUCAGAUGAUGAUAAUGAUAGCCCAAAUUUAGAUGAGUCGCCAUACAAGGUCUCUGUAGAAACUGAUCAGGUUUUAGAGACCAUGGACAAAGGUGUUCAGGAUCAUAGCCAAUUGGAGACUGUCGAUUUACAGCCAUUCAAAGAUAUACCAUUUGUACAAGCAGACAUAGAGGAUGAGGAGGAAGACUAUGAUCAAGUCCGUUCAGUGUACCAUAGUAUAGUAAUUAGUGAGACCUACACUGCUGAUAGAACAGAGCAGGAUGUAGUUACAUCACAACUACAGAGCAAAGUGGACAUCGAGAUCAGUGAUGUUGAUACCGAUUCUCCUAGUGAGAGCAAAACAUCCGAAAAAAUCCUUGAACCAGUUUCCCCAACUGAUACUGUGUUUACCAGUGCUGCAAUAAAAGUGCAGGAUGAAACCCAACCAGAUGCAUGUCUUUACGAAGAGGACCAGAUAGAAAUACCAGAAGAAAUCCCAGAAUCUGUUCUAAGAGACUUGGUACCCUGGAGUGCCCAAGUAGAUGAUGAUGAGGCGUUUGAUGCAAAAAUUGAAGCAGAGGAGAAGAAAAUACUUGCUCUUUGUUCAGACAGACGAUCCACGUCUGACACAACUCCAGGACGUACUCCAACUGAAGAAGGGACACCGAAUCCAUUCCUUUUUCAAGAAGGAAAAUUGUUUGAAAUGACUAGAGGUGGAGCCAUUGACAUGACCAAAAGGACCAUGGAGGACGAAGCCGUUUUUUUCCCAAUAAAUGAAGAUCUGACUGAAGAUGGAUUUGAGCAAGUCACAUUUAACACUAGUGAAUGUGAUUCAGUAGCUUCUUUUGAGGGACCUGUAGAUGGUUUAUUGCACCAGGACAGAAUUGCUGAUGAUUCUGAAGCCUUUGAAUCUGAAACCAGAACUGAGGAUGUUCAGGUCUGUUUAGUGCAGUCCGAAUUCCAGAGUGAACCAGAAAGCCCCAGAGAGAAUAAUUUAUACGAGGGCACGCUAAUACCAAACAUAAACACUGCCACUUCCACAGUAUCACGCACCGUGCAUUCUGAGCAAGACCCAGAAUCCUCUGACUCUUCAGUGGAAGAUGAACAGCAUUCUGUUGUUGAAAUGCCCAUAUCCACCCAAGAAUAUGUUGUUUGUGUCUCAGAGACAUUUUCUGCUACAUCCAAGGAAAUUGUCACUGAAAUAGUGGAGGCAACACCCAAACCAAAAUUAGAAGUAAAAGCAGCCAGCUUUGACCACAUUUUAGGGCAAGGGGACUCCACUGAGCAGAACCAAAGGCCUAAAUCUGAGGCUGAUAUUGACAAUGCAGAAUGGUCCAUGUAUGUUGCAGAAGGUCAGAGUAAUAUAGACAAACUCAAACCAAAGAUUAUAUCAUCCCAGCUGCCUUAUUCACAGGAACAUGAUGAUGAUUUACACCAACCCCACAAACAACCUGAAUCCCCCUCUAAAUGCCCUCAGGAAGUGGAACUUUUGACAGAGUUUGAGAAAGGAGCAAAAGCUUCUAUUGACUUAGAAAGUAGUUUGAAAACAGUUCGACCUCCAUCUAUAGGUGAGGAUGUCUUUGAGACAAGACCCAACUGGGAAGAUAGUGUGGAGACACAGAUGCAGAGAAUCUCAGACAGCUCUUCCCCAGACCAAUGUAAAGCGGACUGGCAUGAUGAUAUCGAUAGGAAAGAAGAGACAUUGGCCAUCAUUGCUGACCUUCUAGGUUUUAGCUGGACAGAGCUGGCCAAAGAGUUGGAGUUUAUUGAGGAUGAAAUUCAGCAAGUGCGCAUUGAAAACCCAAACUCGCUACAAGAGCAGAGUCAUGCCCUGUUACAGCGCUGGGUAGAGAGAGAAGGAAAGCAUGCAACCGAAGAUACUUUGAUUAAAAGACUGACUAAAAUCAACCGCAUGGACAUUGUCCAUCUCAUUGAGAUUCAAAUGAACAAGUCAGUCCAGGAGCAAACUUCAAGAACAUAUGCAGAGAUCGAGAGAACCCUGGACCACAGUGAAGCUCUCUCCUCAGUUCAAGAGGAUGCUGAAAGUCUGCGGGUGGUCCGGAGAGUGGAGACCUCACAAAGGCAUCCUCCAGCUGUUUCAGAAGAAGACUUAUCUGUGGCUUCUCUCCUUGACAUUCCGUCAUGGGCCGAAGCAAUGGGAAAUGCCCAUUCAGAGAGCAUUCAUGGGGAUCUAAUGGAGGAAUUGGAGAUCAACCAGGAUAGCUUCAUCAAUCAAUGGCCAUCCCAAGAGCUCAAGAAGGAAUCAACGAAUGAGGCUGCAGAAGGUGAUGAUGUUCCAGAUAUUCCUCCACGAUCUGUAACAGAAGAGCAAUAUACAGAUGCACAGGGAAACCUGGUAGUGAAGAAGGUGACCAGGAAGGUGAUUCGCCGUUGUGUCUCAUCUGACGGGGUUGAGAAAGAGCAGGUGAGGGUGGAGGGAUCUGAACAACAGCCUGUCAUUGUGGAACAGGGGGACGGAUACUCCAGAGUGAUGAAGAGGACAGUACUUAAGAGUGAAGGGCAUCAGACAGAGGUGACUUUCCACGAGAGGGCUGGCAUGUCAUCUUUAAAGGAGGAAUCGGCUGGAGGUCCGGAGGUCAAACAGGUGGUCCAGACAAAAGUGGUACACGGGGAACGUCUGGAGAAGCACGAGGGUGAUUCCGUUUUUGCCGCAGACCUACCCUCUGCUCGGGAUGACUUCACCCAGGACGAGGAUGAAGAAGUCUAGGACCAGGAGGAGGUCAACAGUGAGAGAUGCUGGGGGACAGAAGCAAGUGUGCGCGGAGCAGAUAGGCGAUCGUUCCGAGCACCAUGACAACCUACAGCAUCACCUCCAUCAGUUCAUUCACCACUAUUGUGCCCAAAACGACAGAGAGGAAGAAUGGGAGGACGCAGAAGAGAUGACGUGAUCGAUUCCUCCCCUUCAUUUUCCUCUCUCAAUAUUCUAUCCCUCUAACCUCUCCUAUGCACCAUGCUCAUGCAAUCCCAGAAUGCACUUCGCUCCUACCACUUACAGUCUUCCUGUCCGGUCACACCGGACGUUUGCCCUAUUUCAGUAAAUGGACAGUAUUCUCUUUUUAUUUCCAACAAUUCCCUGCCUUGUACUCUGUGACCAAAGGGUGUUCUUUCCUUUCGUAGUAGUUUUGAAAUCCCUAAUUUCUCUUGAAAAAUAAGUAGCUAUAGUGAAUGCAAAAAUAAAAAAAACAAUCACAAAAGGUUUUAAUCCAACAGUUCUCUCAGAAAUCUUGGUUGUUCAUACUCAAAACAUUUAAUCUUGAAAAAAAAACUACUGCACUGCCUACCACAGCUCUUGAACUUCAAUAUCAUUGCAUUAUAUCGCCACAUCAAGACUUACUCUGUUGAUCUCAACGGUUGAGCUCUUUGCCUUCUUUAUCAGCUGUUGGGAUAUCGUGCGUCUGUGUAAUCUGUCCAUUGGGAGUAUAUAUAAUAUGCAUUUUUAAAAUGACAGUAGAGCACAUUAGCCACCUGUAAGGAUAUUAGCAGGCAUGCUUAGCUAGCAGCAUUCACUUACUAAUGUCUUUCUAUUGUUAGACAACUGUCGAUUUUCUCUCUUUAUCUUUUCUCUCACUUCACUGCGUCUGUGAUCUGUAGCAACCCUCACCAUUAUCAUCAUCACUGGAGACAUUUCAACAGCUUUUUUGUUAUAAUACAGUAGGUCACAUGAGCAGAUGCUUAUGGUUGUAAAUUCAGGCAAUGUGGCAGUUUUGAGGGGGAUUUAGGACGUUGGUUUGGAAUGGUUUUGGAGUUUACUGAAAUUGUGAUUUUAUUUGUUCUUUAUCUGCGUGUGUGUGUGAAUGUGAAAAGGGUAAAUUUGAGAUAUGAUUUGUUUUGAAAUUUAUAUUAGUUUCACUGUUGUGUAUAUAUUGCUCAAUGUCAGUUUUAAGGAAACUUGCUCUGAGGUAUUUGUGAUGGCGAAUGUUUUCAUAUUGGGUUGGUUUUGGAAGUGAGUUUUUAAAAAGACUGGUACAGUUAUGCAAAAUGUGUGAAACGGAAUGAAAGAAUGAAAGAUUGAAUCUGUGCAUUUACUAUUCACAUGCCCUGCACCGAAUCACGAGUUGGCUUCAUUUGAAACUGCUAAAAAUGAGUUUGUGAUAUCGUUUUUAGUUUUUCUGAAUGCAGCUGUGUUAGAAGAGGUUGUCAUUUGGUGCUGAUCUCAGGCCAGCUCACAUGCAUGUCCAUGCAUUUUCCCUUAUCAUAGUUAAUAAAAUUCGGGUUUGGGAAACUGGCCCUGGAACAGCAUUGAAAGUCAUCCUCCAACUAGGUUGAACACUGCUACUACUUUCACUGUGACUGGCCCACGUUUGAUUUACUGAAUCUGCAUUCUGUGUCUGUGGAGAUAAGAAUAUGCAUAUAGUACAUCUAUCUAUCUAUCUAUCUAUCUAUCUAUCUAUCUAUCUAUCUAUCUAUCUAUCUAUCUAUCUAUCUAUCUAUCUAUCUAUCUAUCUAUCAUCUAUCUAUCCGUAAAGGCAUGUAUUAGUUUACUAUAUAACUUUAAAAAAGACAUUUAAACACUAUACAAUGGCUACAGUGUGUGUAUACGGCUGAACGAGAAUAAAAGUGUAUAAGUGUCAUAACCUUUAUGUAAUGGUUGUUUUUCCUUGUUUGCUUUGGUGCAAUUUUGACUGCAAUGUUGUGGGAUAGUUCACCCCAAAAUGUCAUUGCAAACAUCUGCAGAACACAAAAGAAGAUAUUUUGAAGAAUGUUGGUACCAGGCAACAUUGACUUCCAUUGGAUGGACACAAAAGCACAGAGACAUUUCUUAAAAUCUUUUCUUUUGUGUUCCACCAAAGUGUCAUAUACGUGUUUUAAAUGACAUGAGGGUGAAUAAAUGAUGACAGAAUUUUUAACUAUGAGCUAACUAUCCCUUUAAAGAAGCAUCACCUAGCCGUGUGAUAGGGUGAUAACGCACAGAAUAGAAUAGCAAC